CCGGCCAUCAUCUUCUACUCGACCCUGGAACAGCCCUGGCAGUCUUUCAUGCUACAAUGUCUCUUUCAUACUUGGAAGAUACUCUCGUGCAGCUUCCUGAAGAAGUAGCGCAGCGCCUCAGCUUGUUGGUAGACGUGGCCCAACUUCUGCGAAUAGAAGAUGCCACCCACUUUCUUAGCUACUCAAACGCUCUUUCAAGGCUGUCGCAAAAUUCUUUGGAAGCCAAACGCACACUAGCGCGACUGGACUACAUAGAAUCCGAACUGCGUGCGCAUCUAGCAGAAAUGAAGCACGAGGAACGAUUGAUCUCAAAAUGGAAAUUAACGAUGAAUGAAGAAUACCCAGACGGCGAGGACUCACGGGCGGUUCUACGUCGUCGAGACGCCGUCCUUCGGAAGGCAAAGGAAUACAAGACCGAGCUAGAUCAAUUGCAAGCUGAAACUCCCCAAUCGCCAUCUGUGACUAUCGGUGAUCUCGCCACGCAGCAGGAAGCUAACCGACAGAGGGAACAUGCGAUGAAGACAAAGCGGGCAAAACUGAAGGCAUUCCAGGGAUUAUCGCCGAACCCCGACCUUGCUCGUGCCCAGCUGAGGGACGCCCAAGAUGAGCAGACUCGGCUUAUAGGCAUUCGCGAGCAGAUCCUGGCGAAGAUGGCAGAUAGCGUGGUAUAAAGUCGGCGAGCUUCUAUAAGUUCGCCCUGUUCCGACGCAUUGUUCUACCAGAACGCUGUCCUGAGCGUGCCUAUAAACACGAUCGACUCCUCCGACCCCCCUUCUCACUCGCGCGGAUACAAACGGAGGUUCGAUAGACGACAUGGAAUCCUUCAUCAUGGUUGCGGCAAGCUUCGGACCCUCGUUGAGCUCAAUGAGAACGGCGCGGCCCACAGCCAACCCCAUACGAGUGAUGCAGGUUGACUUCUUCGGCAGAAUUCCUUCCAGCUUCCUGACAAAGCACUCGUAGGGCUGCAGAGAUAAAGGAGGAUCAACGAAGUAAGCAAUUGAUUAGACGGCAUGUAGGAAAUUCCACGGAAGUCGAAUAGUCGAUGUACACCUCCUCGUCGGCUGUGCCGCAAACCACUCGAUGCCCCAUCCGCC